CAAUUUUCCAACACGUUUUUUUAAUACUACAAAAAGGCUGAACUCAAAUUUAACUUCUUUCAUUCUAAUCAUUCUCGAUUCCUUCUCAAAUUCACAUUUCCCACGGAAUAUUCCGAUUUUUUGGAUGAAGCUGCUCGUCAAUGAUGAUCCUACUACCUUGAGCUAUUGGUUGAACUGGAGAGUUUUUCUAUGUGCAGUAUGGGUCUUGACACCUAUGGUUGUCGCAGCAUUUCUGAUAUGGAAAUAUGAACAUUUAGGAAAUUCCGAAUCGGAUGCAGGGGGCGACCAGCAUGAGAGCUCGCACAUACGCUCUGAAAAAUCAUGGAAACCUUGUCUAAAAGGAAUUCAUCCUAUUUCCCUUAUGUGCUUUCGGAUAAUUGCUUUUGGUCUGCUUUUGGCAGCUGUGUCUUUUGAUCUUGCUUUACAUGGAGCUGAACUUUUUCACUACUAUACUCAGUGGACGUUUACUUUAGUCACCAUCUAUUUUGGGCUUGGAUCGUUGCUUUCAAUACGUGGAUGUUUUUACAGUCCCAAAACAGAUAGCAACAGUAAGUGCUAUUUAACUGAGGAUACGGAGCAAGGUUUACAUGUGCCCUUAGCACAUGGAGUGAAUGGAAAUGGAAUGAGGUUUCGGAAGAAGUUGGACAAUCGUGGGAUACUCCAUGCUCUAAUAACUUCCGACUUGUGGGAUGAUCUGUAUCAAGUUUUAUUCCAGAUGACAGCAGGGGCAGUAACUCUCACUGAUAUUGUUUACUGGCUUGUGAUUUUCCCAUUCAUGGCGCUGAGAGAUUAUGAGAUGAGUUUUUUGACAGUUGUGACACACUCGCUAAAUGCUAUCUUGCUCCUUGGGGAUACAGCUGUUUGUAGUCUGGAAUUCCCAUGGUUCCGGAUUUCUUACUUCAUUUUGUUGACGGGUAUUUAUGUCAUAUUUGAGUGGAUUGUCCAUGCCUGCGUCUCAAUUUGGUGGCCGUAUCCUUUUCUUGAUCUAUCAGUAGACCUCGCUCCAGUGUGGUACCUGGUGGUAGCCUUGAUGCAUGUUCCCUGCUAUGCCAUCUUCCUCAUGUUUGUGAAAGUGAAACAUUGGUUACUAUCCCGAUGGUUCCCUCAUUCAUAUCAGUAUAGCCCGUAAAAUUUUGUAAGAUCAAACGUGUUUUGUAAUGGAAGAAAGUUCAUCAAGAAUUGGCCCUGGAUUAAUCGUGUGGAAGAUCGAACGUGUCUUGUGAUGUGUGCACAGCUACCGAAUAUAGAAGGUAUGUUAUUUCGACCGAGUUUGGAGGGUUUAAGGAACUGCUGUCGGAUGCUAGAAAUUUAUGAUUCUUUUACCUCAUUCAUACAUAAAAAUAAGUGAAAAGGGGA